UAACGAACACUAUAUUUCGUUGGAAGGAUCACAAAUUCACCCGUCUUAACCAAAACCCCUGCAAAACCCUAGACUCCAAGGUCCACCCGAUCCACCGAAUUCGAGCAAAGAAAGUACCGAGAAAGAGAACAAGAAAUGGCAUUAGGGUUACGAUCGAUAACCGGAGAGCCAGUAAUCGACAGAGAGAACGGUGAAGAAUUGAUGCGUGUUCAACCCGGCGUCGACAUAGCCCUAGCCAAUCUUCCUCGCGAAUCACCCGGCACUCUCUACAUUACAACAAAGCAAGUGAUAUGGGUUAGUGAUGUUGAUAAAUCUAAAGGAUACGCUGUUGAUUUCUUGUCGAUUUCUCUUCAUGCCGUUUCUAGAGAUCCUGAGGCUUACUCUGUUCCCUGUCUCUAUACUCAGAUUGAAACAGAGGCAGACGAGGAUCUCAAUUCCGACAACUCAGAUUCAGAAGAAUCCACUCAAGUUCAUGAUUUAUCCAUUGUUAGAGAGAUGAGGCUCAUUCCAUCUGAUCCAACUCAGUUGGAUUCUCUGUUUCAAGUAUUCUGUGAGUGUGCUGAGCUUAAUCCAGAUCAAAAUAAUGAGGAGCAAGAAGAAGAACAUCAUGAUUGGAUUUUCAGUGCUGAUCAGAUGGAAGAUGCAGGAGCAGAGGAUGAAGAUUAUUUAUCUCAUAAUCCAACCAAUACUCUUGGUCAUUCAAAUGGACAUCAGGACCUUGCUCACAACAUACUUGAGAGGCGGAAUGAGGGGAUACUCCACAUGCUCUGUAUAAACUGUUUCGUCCUGAUGAGCUUGCGGAAAUUAAUUGACAACUGCUUGAGAACAUAUCAUAGUCUAGUUUCACGAGCCCAAUUCAACUCUUCACAAGCCUCCUUAGUGUUCUUUUUUGUGCUUUGGUGUGGUGUGUGUUGGAGAAUGGAGUGAAGAGGGUCUAGUUCAAUUAUCACUUAUCAGCCCCAUAUCCUUUUGCCAAUCAAGCCUUAUCCCACUAAGUGGGGUCAGCUAUAUGGAUCAACUUCCGCCAUAAUGUUCUAUCCAGGACCAUGCAUUUAUUCAAAUUGUUAAUCUUGAAAUAUUGGAGAAAUAUAUAUUUAUUGAAAAUAAUAAGAGCACCAAAACAAUAUCUUAAUGGUGAAUCAUAUAUUUUAUCAUGAUAAACACAUUCAUGAUACUUGUACAAGCCAGUAUGCAGUAUUCUUAUAUCAUAUAUAUUCUUGUGACUUUUGAAUUU